UGACAUAUUGUGGCUUUCGUGUAGUGUUCCUGGCCAAAGACCUUUUUGGAUUAUAGUGUUUGGUUUUGUUGGACAAGCUGGAAACGAUGGACAAGUUACGCCGCGUUCUGAGUGGAGAUGAGCCCACACCGGAGGAGGAGAGCAGCAUAAUAACACAGAUUAACGACAUGUCCACACUGAGCUGGUCCACACGCAUCAAGGCAUUUUGCAUUUGCUUUGUCUUGGGCAUCUUUCUAUCUCUGUUGGGCUCCAUUGCUCUCUUUCUGCACCGCGGCAUUGUGGUCUUUGCGGUUUUCUACACACUGGGAAACAUCAUCUCGAUGGCCAGUACUUGCUUCCUGAUGGGCCCCUUCAAGCAGGUCAAGAAAAUGUUCGCCGACACGCGCCUGAUAGCCACCAGCAUUGUGAUCGUGGCCAUCGUUAUGACAUUCAUUUCCGCCAUAGUGUUGAAAAAGGCUGGACUCACGCUUAUAUUCAUAAUCAUACAAUCGUUGGCCAUGACCUGGUAUUCCCUCUCUUACAUACCCUAUGCACGGGAUGCGGUCAAGAAGACCGUCUCGGCAUGUUUCGAGGUCUAGACAGAAUGAAACGUUCUCGCUGCGUUUCGGUAUUUGUACAUAACUCGAGAAUUUCAAAAUACGUCUCUUAAUUUAAUUAACAAAAAUUGAUUAAACAACAAUUGUAUUAAUCUAGCA